AUGUGCAUUGCUGUGCCGGCAGUACUGACCAAUAGCUUCAUUUCAUUCUUUGUCAAUUCUCUGGCCCUUUCUAUCCGCUCGCGCUUGACGGAGCUAAUCCAACACAAGUACCUUCAAAAUCUGACUUUCUACAAGCUGUCCAACUUAGAUGACCGCGUCCGCAAUGCUGAUCAGCUCAUUACGGUGGACGUGCAAAAGUUCAGUCGCGCUAUUGCCUUGCUUUAUGGCAACAUCUUCAUGCCGCUGAUUGACACGCUUGUGUACAACUAUCGACUCAGUCAGACGGUGGGCGUAGAGCUCUUGGCGGUGACAACGUUCAUCAUCCGAGCCACAACACAGAUUGUGAAGGUGCUUACUCCACCAUUUGGUCAAUAUGCUGCGAUGGAGCAACAGCUGGAGGGCGAAUACCGCUUUAACCAUGUACGUCUGCUAGAAAAUGCCGAGGAAGUUGCCUUUUACCGUGGUCAGCUAAACGAGAAGCGCCAGAUUGACCGGUCGUACUUCUCGCUCGUCAAACAUAUUAAUCGGAUCUUCCACAUUCGCAUUGGCCACAGUAUGAUGGAAGAGGGUGUGAUCAAGUGGCUCUGGGGUGCUAUUGGCUUGAUUAUUUGCUCUGGACCCGUCUUUUUGAAGAUCCCAGGCCUUUCGGGCCCGAGCCCUGGAGGCACUUCCAUGGGCUCGCGCACAGAGGUAUUUGUCACUAACCGCCGUCUGCUGCUUUCGUCUUCGGAUGCUAUGGGCCGCAUCAUGCAGAGCUAUAAGGAGAUGUCUGAGAUUUCGGGCUACACAUCGCGUCUUACCGAGCUUUUGGAGGUGAUGGAAGAAAUCGAUGCUGGUCGCACUAAGAAACGCUUGGUCACCUCCUCUGGUCAGGGUGCCAUUGAUCAAAAGAAUGACAUAUUCUCACGCCGUGGCGAGAUUAUUGAGGACAAGAAUGAAGUCACCUUCGAGGACGUCCCUAUUGUGUCGCCCAACGGUGACGUGCUUCUAGAGAAACUAAGCUUCCAUAUCAAACCAGGUCAGCAUUUGUUGGUCAUUGGGCCCAAUGGCUGUGGUAAGAGCAGUAUGUUCCGUAUUCUCGGUGGUCUGUGGCCCGUGUAUGGUGGCAAGGUGUUCAAACCCUCGAACAAGGAGUUUACUUAUAUCCCUCAACGCCCCUAUUUGUCCCUGGGUACCCUCCGCGACCAGGUCAUCUACCCCGAUACGGUCGCGGAAAUGCAUGCAAAGGGUGCAUCGGACGAAGAUUUGAUUGAAAUUCUCAAGCUUCUUCAAAUCGACAACAUUGUUGAACGAGAGGGCGGUUGGGAUGUUAUGCGUGAGUGGCGUGAUGCGCUCAGUGGCGGUGACAAGCAGCGUAUCGCUAUGGCUCGUCUGUUCUACCACAAGCCCAAGUAUGCCAUUUUGGAUGAAUGCACCAGCGCUGUUACUCUUGACGUCGAGCGCGUUAUGUACGACCACGCCACGGAGCUGGGUAUCACGAUGUUGACAGUAUCCCACCGGCCCUCUCUGUGGAAGUACCACUCCCAUGUGCUACAGUACAAUGGCCAAGGCGGUUAUGUAUUUACGGAACUUGAUGCUGACCGUCGCCUCCAGCUGCAGGAAGAAAAGCAGCAUCUGGAGCAGAAGCUUCUGCUGCUGCCCAAGUGGCAGGAGCGUCUUGAACAUCUUCGUGCUAUUCAUGACGAUAUUGCUGAACAUGCUCACGGUCACCCUGUGGUCCUAGAGGCCGAAGGAAAGGCUUCCGAGUCUACAGUCUAA